GUUGGACUCGCCCGGCCAUAUAAAACGGCUGAUUUGAAUAUCGCAUGAUGACUUUACUGUUUUCAUCAGCAGAGACGAUAUCUUCUUUGGUGACACGAUUAACCUCUCGUUGUCUUCUGUACGAAUCAUGAAUCGCAAUCGCAAUUUGCUGAAUUUCACAGGCGUGCUGAUCGUGAUGGUCUUUAUCAACUUUGCCACUGGCGCUACUAAUAAUCUAAACAAACAACGAUUUGCGACCCAACUAGGAUCUGCCGUUUCCGGCAAUGUGCAGAAUUCUGCGGAUCGAGGCCAACAGCGGUCACCACCAGCGUUUCAGCCAGUUGUAGCUGAAACGAGUAUACCUCUGACUACUCGCGGUCCAGUUCCACCUCGUCCUCCUCCCGGUUCAAUCCCAAAUCUCCCACCCAUAGCUGAAACACCUCGACCAACUUAUCUUCUAACAACUUCACAAAAACCAACACCGGGCAUUAACUACCCCCCAACAAAUCCAGUGAUUGCAGCGGCUCCAGCGAAUGAACCAGAAACCACGACUGACGUGCUUUAACGUUGUAAUUCUGUUAGCUCAGUACCUUUUGUAAAGACUAUUUAGCUUUUACUUCUUUUCGCAAGGUGUACUAGUCACCCACAGUUAUUGUGAAGGGAAAACAAGCAGGUCUGGUUGUUGACGGGGUUGGUUAAUUUAUUUUUUUAAGGUGGUGGACUUUUAUCCUAACUUGUUUAAAGGGGGAAUGGGUGACUGUUCGUUUUGUCCUAUGGAUCCUGAAUUUGUAAGUGAAUAAUUUCUUGUUUAAAAAACAGGGCUUUAAUAUUGGAAUUACUAGCGAUGUAAAGGGUUUUGUUGAUGACGUAAACGCGGAGAUUUGGAAUCCAGCUGGGUCCCCUAAUCCACAAUGGAAUAAAGAUACAAGUGUAAUCCGUUUCUUCUUGAUAAACCUAAUUUCUUUUUGUGUCAAGUUCCGUUUUGAGGUUGGGUUAAUAUUUUCUUAUUGCAGCACUUGAUGGAUUCAAAGAUAAUCUCAUUUAGCCCCUGACUGUGAAGCAUUUCGCAACGUUUCCAUAAUGUUUGGAAUACUUAUGUCAGUUCGAUUUAGUUGAGGCUCUGGUUACAGUAGUUACGUCGAUAGCUACGCCGGUCGUGUGAGUUUGUUGGAUGUGACUAGUAAACAUUCCGGCCAUUGCUGCUAUCGCCCAAUUCCGUCGCCAGUCAACUCCGCCUUGAAGUGGGCGGGACUGUAAUUCAAACUGCAGGGAUGUACGGUUCUUCUUAUCCGCUUGGUUGAUGUUGGAUGUGGCUAUGGGAAAAUGAUUUCGAUUCAUGAAUCAUCAUUCAGAGCGGAAUGCUUUAACUGAGUAUCAACAUGAUAGCGCGCAUAAUUCUAUAUGCACUCAUUUACUUGGGUCUCGUACUGAACCUUAUUACUUUAUUUUUGAUAUUACGUCGCCCACUGGAUUGUCUUAUUUCGUCUUUUCUAACAUUUGGAGGUUGUUAAUAAGCGGAUUUUUUUUCGUAGUUUAAUAUCCUAAAUGAUGAUUAGAUUGGGAUUUAAAUAUUUACAAGCAUUGGAUCAAGUAUCUUUUGGCGAUGACUCACUUAAUCACGGAAUGGGCAUUGAUGAGUCACGUAGCAGGUUGCAUUUCGGGAAUGAGUUCAUAAGAAUUGGCAGCAUUGACACUCGGGUUCCAAUUUUUGAUGAUAUUCUGUGUCAAAGCACGUAAACUGGACGUGAGAAACCAAUCGAAUCAACUCUCUUCCGGGGUUUUGUUGCGUUUUUAUGUCUCAUUUUAACUUUAACUUUGACACCUUCGACCACCUGCCUUAAAUUUGCACUUAUUGCCAUCAACCACGUCAGCAGCAACAAGUGGCUGAAAUGAAAUGCAUCCAGGGAUUCAAAUUUCUGGCUUUAACUCCCAGGGUAUAAAAACGGAUUGCAAUCAUUGCAUUUUCGUGGCAAUCGCUUCUGAUCGCUGCACGUUGACUGGAGUCUUUCACCAUGAAAUCGCAGAAGAUGUGGGUGGUCAUUUUGGCAGUCGUUUUCUCCGACGCUUUUGCCGCACCGAUGGCGGUGACAACGGUGAAGCCGCAAACGACUCCCGCUAACCCAGGACUAGAAGUCCAGGAACUGAUUAUCUUGCGUGAUUACUACAAAAACAAACCGGCGGAUUCAGAGAACUCAAAAAAGGAAAAAGCUCAGAAAUUGAAGGAGUAUGAAGACAGACUUGCACCCAAACAGGCCAAUUUGUAUAAUCUAGCGUACGCUGCUUAUCUCUUAAAUCCGAAAUAUGAUAUUAGCCUGUAUUCGACUGACCCGUUUUCAAAAGAGAAUGCAACCGGUGAAUUUCCUGCCAUCCAAAAAUACAAAGACAAAAUUAAUUAUUACCAAGACAAGUGUCCAUUCCAGUUUAAGGGGAAUUAUUUGCUGGCUAGAGAUAUGGGUAUGGACGUCGAGUUCAAACAAGAUGGCUCUCCCUACGGUACUCCCGUAUUUGGGCAGUUUGGAAAGGCCCAAGCCUUUUACAACGAUCUUUGGGCGAAGCGAAAUUUGCCGUACACGAUGGACGAGUACCCAAUCUUGCGUGAUCAUUGGCAAAAACUGUUGAACCAACGUAUAGAGCUGGACAAAACUAGGAAACCGAGCCAAGCCGAGCUUUUGGCGUACGACAAAUAUCUCAAAGGCCCAGAGCCAAAAGGGGGUUUCACUUUGCCAUUCUGGAUUCCCCCCACGCCCCCGCCAAAGAAAUGGGUUUCGGUGGAAUAUUUUUGCGGAGGUGGCAAGGGAGGUGGAAAUUGGUGCACGAAAUGGGUGUGGCAGUGAUGUGUAACCAUCGUCAAUCUUAUUCUGAAUUCCUCUCCGGUGCAACCUCUGCCUGGCUGUUUCGAUCUUGUUUGCUUUGAACUUUGCUUGUGUGUCAAAAAAAGAACUUAUUAAUUGGCAAUUUGAAUUUUGCUUGUUUCAAAAAAAGAAAUUUCGCUGAUGGAAUGUUUCGGCUGUUUUCCUUCAGACAAUAUAUAGAAUUUUGCAUUCAAA